CCUUGGUGAUCUUUUUGACUCCACCUUCAACCGAUUGGAUUUUUGUUUUGUUCAAAGCCUACUCUACUUGAGGCAGCAACGUUUUCUUUAAAAUAACUAAUAUAAAGGAUCAGCCACUGUGUCAGAUAAGUCGAGGGAAGGCCAGGAAACCCACUAACCUUAACGCUAUGCCACACCUUUCAUUCAAAUUCGAUAACUACGACAUUUAGGGUGCAAUAACUUAACUGCUUAUCCAACGGCAACAUGGCGGAUAGGAUUGUGCACAGCGUGGCGGUGGUGUAGCUGAAGAAAGAGCAGGAUACGUGUCACAGAGAGCACGGCUGGAAUUACAAAUCCCAGAAGACAAGAAGAAGAAAGAAACUGUGAAUAAAGAGUUAUGUUAAUCCACAUGUGUCAGGAUAUCGUCCAUAGACUGUAUAUAUAAGGUGCCGUGAAAUCUGGUAAUAACUAACAACGUCAUUGACAAGUUUCUCUUGGCUAGCCCGAGUCAGCGCGGCGCUGGCCAGUGGUCCGAGUCAUUGAGUUGGCUAGCUUCUUAGCUAACAUUAGCCCCCAUACGACGCGUAGCCCGGUCUCCAGUCUUCUCUGCCGACCAUGACUCCUCAGCAGAAGGUUGUCCGCCGCCAGCCGCAGCCCUCCACCAUGUCCCAGAAAGUGCAGUUCACUCUCAAGCUCUUCAUGCUGGAAACUGCCCGAAGUAAACUCGAACAAGAACUUUCCAACUUCAUCAAAAAGGCCUAUGAAGAAGUUCAAGGUUUCCUGAAUACAUCUUUCCCCACAAGUGUCUUCAGUGAUCUCACAAAGGCUUUAGAUACAAAAUAUGAAGUCAUUGACAAGCUUUCAGCUUCAUUAAAAUCUCUCACAGUUGAGCCACAAGUGUGUGACCAGCUUAUCUCCAAGCCUGCAGCAGUCCAACAGGAUGACAUCAAACACGGCAUCAACAGAGCGACUACGACCUCAUCGUCUCACUUAGAGGCUGAAGAAAAAGAACAUGCUGUUGUUUUAGAUGAGAAACGCCCAACAGAUGCUGUGAGUCUUCCACCUGCGUCCCAGAGACCCGAGAUCAACCCAGAGAGGCCACCAAUACUACUGCCUCCCCUACAAGCUUCAUUCCCAGGGAUCAGUAACACUAAUCCAAUGAAAAUAACUCCGCUAAUGAGCUGGGGAUGUAAAGAUGAUUUCCAGGUGAAACACCAAAAACAAACAUCAUCUCAGCUGCUUCACUUCCUCAGAGAAAAAGCAAAAAAGAUUGGAGUACUGGAGAUCACUGUCAUGGAGUGGAGUAAAAGUACCGUGAGUUCGCCAGAGCGGCCUGCCAUCAAAACACAAAGCUACCAAUUCAGACAAGCUGUGACGGAUGAUCUGACCAACCCACUAGAGCCGAAAACGUUAUUUGCAGACAUGGAAAACCAAGCCCCAGUCUUCAGAGUGAAAAGAGUGGAAACAAGUGGCUCUCUGACCUACACUUGUGUGAUUGCAACAAAGACUGAAUUAUGGGAUAUUGGAGACAUCUUCACCGAGGUGGGACGGGGAGACUUGAAAGCCAUCCCCUUCGAAAAUAAAGACUGCACAAAUAUUACACCUCAGGUGGAGCACAACUGCCUAAACGCCCAGAGGGAAAACCAAAGUCUUCAGAGCACUGAUCCCAAACAUGUAAGCCAUUUUGAUGGUGUAAAAACUCCAGCAAUGAAGUGCAUCACCAUUCCUGAGUUCCAGACCUGCAGGUUUGAAGAGAUGGAGGUAGUGGUGUCUCACAUUGUCAGCCCGGGCAACUUCUACGUACAACACGCAGACUCCAUCAUAAAGUGGCAAACCCUUGUCCCAGACAGCUGGAAAGCCAGUAGAUCAUAUGCCGCGCAGAACUGCAUUCCAGACAUUGGAACCCAAGUAAUAGGUUGGUUCCCUAAGCAAGAACAAUGGUGCAGGAGUCGGGUGACGAAGAUAUGUGGAGUAAGUGAAGAUGGUGGAGGGAGAGAGACAUCCAUCAAGGUGGAGGUGAAGAGGCUGGACCAGGGUGAUACAGCCUGCUUGUCGCUGUCGGACAUCAAGGAGCUGACCCCGGAAAUGGCCGUCCUACCACUCCAGGCUGUACAGGUCUCACUAGCAAAUGUGACGCCUGUGAAUGGGAGUGAUUGGUCUGAGGAGGCGGUGGGCUGGUUCAGGGAUAUGGUGGACAACAGGACGCUUUAUGCCAGGCUUUACCCACAGGGACCCAAAGUUACAGUCGAGUUGUUCUUGGAAAAAGGAAAGCUCAGAGCUAUGAGGAGGGGUGCAUCACUGUCUUUGAGACUGGCCCAGAACGGACAUGCCAUCCAUAGCAAACUGAAAAGUGUCUGUCUCAUGAAAAGAAGCAAAUAUCAAGAUAAAGUGAAGAAACAGGACUCUGAGUGGAAGAAAUACGUAAUCUCACGCUAAACUCGUAAUAGUAAGCCUUGAUACAGAAAGCAGUCAACAAAUGUCAAAUACAAAUGGCAGACAGGCCAUGAAGCACUCAAAGCUAAACACCGAGACAUUUAGUAAAUCAUCAGGGUCGUUUGAACACACGGAGGACUUUCAGGUUAUACAUUGACAAACUGCUUUGCCAGUACAAGGAUAUUUCAUUAAACAAAUAAAGUAAAUAUAUAUUUUGAUUUAAAACCAGCAUGUGUUUACAUUAAGUAGAAUGUAUCAGCUUUUGUAUAUUUUUAUGUUGUAUCUGGAAUUGAAACAUUUUCAAUAUUUUGAUUACCUAUUUGACAUAUUAAUCAGUUGUUGAGAGCAAAGUCACAUACAUUUAGAGAGCAAAGGAGGAGAAUCACAGAGAAAUGGUUUCAAACAGAACCCAUGAUCGGCCUCACAAAUCUUGAUUGCAGCCCCCUAAGUCAAAGGUACGUCUAGUGAAAGUUAAUGUUACUUAUAACAAAUGUUUGUUUUUUUUAACACACAUUUCGCACAAAAUAUAACAUCUUUGAAGCACUGAUCAAAAUAAUUAAAACAUAUUUAUUAAAUCAGGUUGUGCUUGUAAACUGUAUGGGGACAUGGAUACCUAAAUGUGGUGCUCUUUGUUUUAGUAGAACAAUCCCCCCAUGUACUUUAAAAGCAGCCUAUCUCAAGUCCUUAUCCCAGUCACUACACGUGCCAGUUCAGUUUGUUAACCUGUUUUGCAUUAAGUGAUACUUGAUUUGUCUCUGUGCCACAUGCAGAAGGUUUUGUUAUUUAAUGCCUAAUUCCUUUUGUAAUAGCUGUUGUUAAAGCCAUGUUACCCUGGUUAAUAUUGAGUUCUUGUAUAAUGGCACAUUUACUAUUUUGAAUUUCCAGUGUAUAUAGUUCUGCUUUCAUAAUAAAACUACAAAUCUACUAGUUUGGUCUGUCUUUGUGUUGUAGAGUACUGUAGCUUCUAUGAAGGAAUAAUAAUUAGGUUAGUUCAUUCAAAGAAUUAGCUGCCCCCCCCCCCCUAAGCCUCCCACUCCAUAUG